CCCAAUCAGCUGUGUGAAUCAUUUGUAAACAAUAAACGGCCUGGGUGAAUUCUUUUGUGUGUUGAUUUUAGAUUAGACUUUAGAAAGGGUGGGUAACGUCAGUUAUGACAAUUUUCGACCCUGGUUUUACGUAGAGUUUGACUAGAUAAAACCGAAAAAGAACAUGAACAGCGAGAUUGAAGAUGUCUCCGACAAGACCGAGCUUCUGCGAGAAGAAGAGGGUUCGGAGGAGGAAAUAGAAGAAAAAAAGCCGGCAUGCUCGCCCGAUGGUGCCUGCUUCAGGUACCUGGGCCUCGCCUGGAUGUGUCUUCUAGGUUUCGGUUCUUAUUUCUGUUAUGACAACCCCGGAGCCAUGCAGGAUAUCAUUACUAAAGAUAUGAAACUGACGACAACCCAGUUUACUUAUUUGUACACAUUUUAUUCUUGGCCUAAUAUUGUGCUUUGCUAUAUUGGAGGAUUUCUCAUCGACCGAAUUUUUGGUAUACGAUUUGGAACAUGCUUGUAUGCAUUAAUUGUAUUCUUAGGACAACUUCUUGUAGCGUUUGGAUCUUUUAUUGACUCAUUUAAUACAAUGUUAUUAGGAAGGCUUAUUUUUGGAAUUGGAGGGGAAUCGUUAGCAGUUGCACAAAAUUAUUAUGCCGUGCAGUGGUUCAAAGGAAAGGAACUUAAUAUGAUUUUUGGGCUCCAGUUGAGUUUUGCCAGGGUUGGCUCUAUGGUAAAUUUUCUAUCGAUGAGUAAAAUCUACGAGCAUGUUCAUGAAUAUUUUAAAGGGAGGGAGGCCCUUGGAGUUACACUGUUACUAGCAUCUGCCACCUGUUUGAUGUCAUUUGUAAGUUCGGUUUUUCUUGCUCUGAUGGAUUCAAGAAGGAAAAAACCGCCACCCGUUGUAAGCGCGACAAAUGAUGAAGACGAGGAGGACAAAGUGGAAAUUGCGAAAUUAUCAGAUGCAAAAGAUUUCUCAGCAGCGUUCUGGCUAAUCACAGUGAUCUGCGUAGCUUAUUACCUUGCAAUUUUCCCAUUUAUUGCAUUAGGAAAAGUGUUUUUUAUGAAAAAAUUUGGAUUCUCAAGCGCAAAGGCCAACUUUGUGAACAGUUUUGUUUACGGCAUGUCUGGAGUGGCGUCACCCAUUCUUGGCUUUUUAGUCGACAGGACUGGUUGGAACGUGUUUUGGGUUUUUAUAUCAAUCAUAUCGACCAUGGUUGCCCACGGAUUGCUUGCAUUUACAUUCUUCAGUCCAUUUUAUGCUAUGAUUCUAUUAGGACUGUCAUAUUCUAUGUGUGCAAGUGCUCUUUGGCCAAUGAUCUCACUUGUCAUCCCAGAAUACCAGCUAGGAUCAGCUUAUGGAAUUGCUCAAGCUUUGCAGAAUCUUGGUCUAGCCGUCAGUACAAUGUUGGCUGGAAUGGUAGUUGAUGCAGGUGGAUACAUGAUGUUAGAAAUAUUCUUUAUAAUGUGGCUUAUAGUUUCUCUCAUUGCCUGUCUCCUGAUGUGGUUGUACGACUUGAAAACAACUGGCAUACUCAACAUGACUGUCAAGCAAAGAGACCUUUAUGAACAAAUGAAGCCGUCGUCCUCUUUAAAUAAAUUGGUGCGUAAACACUCAUACGCUGGGGUUUCUCCAUACCUUGUAACACAGCAGUCUGACGAUCAAGUUAGAAACAGAUUGCUAUCAAAAGCUGGCGAGACGAGUGAGGAGCCUAAUAUGUCAGGAGGAAGCAGUGAGAUGCCCAUUGCGUGAUACGAUAACAUAGCUGUAACAGAAUUGAGAAGGAUAAGCCAAGAUGAAAAUGCCAUUUUUCAUAAUAUGCCACAUGUUUUCUACGAAUCCUAGUAAGAGUCUGAGUAACUGAACUCCAGCUAUCUUAUAUAGUUUUGUAAAUAUUUUUACAAAAUUCGACAAAUUUGAUUUAUUCCAAACCAAUCCAAUUUUGAGGACUGACUAGAAAAUAUUACAUAUUUUCCAUUCCAUCCGUCUGUAAUGUUCAUUUGAAUUUUAUCUAGACCUAUUAAAAUAUUGUAUUUUAAUAAUAAAAAUAUUAAUGUUCAAUAUUAUAUGUAAUGUAAUUAUUUAAAUAAUUUGUAUAUAACUGCUAUAUAAAUAGAAAUCAUGAUAGAAUUUUAGUAGUAUUAUAUUAUCUCACGUUAUGUAAAUAUGUUUAUAUGUAAUGAAUGCAUUUAUGUGAAACGUUGAAAUAUUUUACUAUUAAGGUGAUAUAUACAGUGCGAUUUAGUUUUUAAUAAAUUUAUUGAAAUAGAUUCUCUCACUUUUUGUUUGAAAUAUUCUCAUCUCUAAAAACAAUUAAUUGUUGUUGGAAUAAGGGUAAUUUUUUUGGUAAAAUGUUUACUAUUAUAACUAGACACUCCUUUAUCUAAGAAAUCUCAAUUAAUGAACAGAGUAAUUUGAAAAUGUUCCUUAAUUAAGAUUAAUAUAAUCAUGUAAAGAAAUAUUGUAUCAAUAAUGUGUGCUUAUGAUAUAUAUUUGUCAAUAACCUAAAUAUUUGUCUUUUUAUAAUAAAUGUGAUACUCGGAAAAGGGUUAUGUAAUCACAAUAAUGCAGAGAUAUCGAAUGUGAAGACAUCUAUCUAAUUUUCAUGAUAUCAGAAAAAAACAUGAAUAGCUCAUGAAAUGAGGCUGUGUUAGCUUAGACCCACACUAGUAAUACAAAUAAUAAAACAAAAUGUUUUGUUGAUCCUGUUUCAAAAUAUUUGCAUAUCUAUUCAUCCUGAGAAUUAAAUUUUGACAGUCAAUUAAUUUAUAAUGUAAUAUAUUUGGCAAUAUUAUUGUUAUUAUUUUUAAAAGUUUAGUGUGUAGUCUAUUUUGACGGUUUUCAUUUUUGUAUUAUUAUCUGUAGAUUCUUAAAAAAUAAAGGACAAUAACUUAGUUAUUUCUAUUAAAAAAAAGAACAAAAAUGUUUUAAAAGUAAAUAUAUAUUUAUAACAUUAAUUUAUUUAUAACACUGAUGUACAAGAACCAACACUUUUUGCAAAAUAAAUGUACCAUUUAAAUAAAUAAUUGUCCAAUUAA